UUUUCCAGAUGUGACAGUAAUUACUGUUUCACAAUCCAGACACACUCAGAAUGCACGCUGCGGAGACAGUUCAGUGCGAACAGAAGUCAAUGAAAUUAUAAGAACAUUCUACACCUUCAAACAGAAUGACUCAGUUACCCACUUUUGAGAUUCCAGCCAUCACUGGUGAUUUCGAAUUCGACAUGCUAGACCCUUCACUAUUUGAAAUCUCCUGUGAUACAUCAAGUGUCAGAAACUUUGGCAGGCUUUUCAUGCCCAUUUUAUAUGCAAUAAUAUUUGCCACAGGGCUUUUGGGCAAUUUGUUGGUCAUUGUGACAUUAGUCCUAUACGUGAAGCCAAAGACCAUGGUAGAUAUCUACUUGAUGAACCUAGCCAUCGCUGAUCUGAUCUUCCUUUGCACCCUGCCAUUUUGGGCAGUUGAUGCAUAUACUGAAUGGAUCUUUGGAACUUUUAUGUGCAAAAUUAUGAAUGGUCUGUAUACUGUAAACUUCUACAGUUGUAUGUUAACACUUGCCUGCAUAAGUGUCAACAGAUACAAUUUUAUUGUUCAAUCAACAAAAAUGUAUAAAGAUAGAACUAAAACAGUUCACAGUAAGUUAACUUGCUUAGGGAUUUGGGUGUUUGCAAUCAUCUUAACCCUUCCAGAAUUUAUAUUAAGUAAAGCAUAUACUGGUAUACCUGACAAAAUUAUCUGUACAAUGAUAUACCCUUCUAAUUUUGACAUUAUUAAAGUAGGAGUCCAUGUAACACAGAUAGUGGUGGGAUUUCUGAUACCUUUUGUGACAAUGGUUAUUUGCUACACAAAUAUUGCAAAAACUCUGCUCCAUGCUAAGGGCUUUCAGAAGAAUAAAUCAUUAAAGAUUAUUGUUGCAGUUGUAAUUGUAUUUAUGAUUUGUGAAUUGCCAUUUAACAUUGUACUCUUGAUGCGAACUUUAGAGAUCAUAAAUAAAGAAAACAUGAAUUGUGAACUUCGUGUAAAUGUAGACUAUGCAAUUAUCAUAACAGAAGGAACUGCCUAUGUACACUGCUGCCUUAAUCCUAUGUUAUAUGUAUUUAUUGGAGUGAAAUUUAGAAACAAUUUCAUGCAGAUUUUAAAAGAUAUGGGAUGCAUUAGUAAAAAACAAUUGGCUAAAUAUCUGAAAACCGAGUGUGAGACAUCGCAGCAAAAAUCAGGUAUAUCAGAAACAACUAGUUUGCACCCUUUAUAAGAAUACUGGCUAAAUCAAGAUAUUAAAAUGUACAUACAAACGUUUGUAUAUCAUGAUAAUCUGAUCUAGGAUUGUAUGUGUUUUCCUAAUCGUUUGCUGUAAUUUGAUGGGCAUUUUCUAAUUCAAUUGAACUAGGCCUUUGUGGAAUAGAUGCAUUUUAUGCAGCAUCAAAUUCUAUAUUAAUAUCUUCAGACAUAAAUUGUAAAUAGAUCCAAAAGUUGUUAUGCAUAAAUUAUGUUCAAAUGCAUGCAAAUAUGAAUUUACCUAAUUAAAGCUUUGAUAAAAUUG